CUCACCUCACUCAUAAAGAUUUUUUUAAACCAGGUCCCAAGAAUUUUAAAGAAGGAGACAUCUAAAAGAAAAGAAAAGAAAAAAGAAAUCUUCGUAGAGUUGGCAAUGUCAGUAGCAGUGACGGUGGUUAAUCAUUCAAUGGCUCUGUUACAAAUGCAGGCGUGGGUAUAAAUGCAGUGCCUUUGCCAUUAAUUCACUCUCUUUACUACUAGUACUUUCUCUUUCUAAGAAAACUAAGAAGAAGAAGAAAAUCAAACAAGAAAGAACUCAAUUGGCCAUUAACUUCUCUUCCUCACUUAUCACUUUCUCUGUCAAAUAUUUUGAACUCUCUGGGCACUCUCUGACUAAGGUUUUUACUGCUGUGUUGUUUUGAACGGUGAGUUUUUUCCUUCCCUGAAAUCAAUGUUCUUUGUUUUCUUUUUUGACUGCCUAAAACUUUACAUUUUUUCUUUGGAAUUGUUUUUUUGGACUCCACUUCAUUGUGAUCUUUUGGGAGUACAUAUCAAUCAGUCUAAGUACUUGUUUUGAUCUUGUUGUUUGUUUUCUGAAAGUGGCUUCUGUUGCAAAUUGUUUUCUCAGUAUCCAAAUUGGUGAUAGAUUUGUUUUGGCAUAGUGUCAGUUUGAAAUACCAGUGAUUUCUGCAUUAGAUUUGGUCAAAAUCUUGAUAAUAUUCAAUCAACAUUACCAAGUACUCUCUGGCUGGUUAUAUUCCCUUUUUUUUUUCUUUCAGAAUUUGCAACUCAAAUAUUCCAUUUACUCAAAGACAGUUUAGGUAGAAGAGAAAGAUACCUUUAUAUCUUGCUGCUUUUGUUGUUCAAGGCAAUAUGGAUUUGAGUGAGAAAGAUAAAUUUGGGUUAGAAAAAAGAAGUGGGGAUCCUUUGAAUUACCAGUCUCCUAAUAUGCUGCCUUCCAAUUGGCAAUUCAAUCAUGGAAAUCAGCCUUUGGGUUUAGCUUCUACUAGUGAUUCAAUGGAAAAAGGGGAUCUAAUGAUGGGUGGUUCUUCAGCUUGUUCCUCUGGUUCAAUGAUGGACUCAUUUACAGGUGCUCUUUGGGGUCAUCCCAGUUCAUCACACAACUUAAGCUUAGGUGAUAAUGGUUCUUCUGGGGCAGUUAUGGGUAACUUAGGUUGGAAUCCAUUGAAUUCUGUUACAAAACAGGGUAUUUACUUGCCGCCAACCACUGGGAUGCUACAUCAGAGCUUAUCUCAGUUCCCAGCUGAUUCAGGGUUCAUUGAAAGAGCGGCAAGGUAUUCAUGCUUCAAUGGUGGAAGUUUUAGUGAUAUGUUGAAUCCGUUUAACGUGCCAGAGAAUUUGAGUCCUUACUCUAAGAAUGGAGGAGCAAUUCAAGGUUCUUCAGAUGUUCUAUUUAAUGGGUUGAAACACAUACCGGGUAGCCAAUCUCAGAUGAAUGAAGCAAACAGUGCAGAGCUUGCUAAAGAUGUUUCAGUUUCUGUCAAUAGGGGCAUUACAGAUGGGAGUCCAAUGAAAAAUGAUGUCAAAAAGGGGAAUUUUGUGAGAACACCUGAUGAAACAAAACAAGGAGUUGGUAAUUCUAGUAAUGAAUCAGAUGAUGCCAAUUGUAGUGGAAGUGCUGGUGGUGCUGUCCGAGAGGAUCAAUCAAUGUUGGAGAGUGCCGGGAGGGAACCUUCAUCUUCCAAGGGACUUGCCCCAAAGAAAAGGAGACGGGAUGGUCAGGUUUCUGAGCCUGACCAAGGUAAAAGUCCUGUACAAGUAACUGGCGAGGCUGCAAAUGAAGAUUCUGACUCAAAACAUAAGGAUGAUCAAAAUCCUAGUCCCUCUGGUAAAGGUAAUAAACAUGGUAAAGACAAAGAUAAUUCUCAAACUUCAGAUGCACCUAAGGAGGAUUAUAUCCAUGUUAGAGCGCGAAGGGGCCAGGCAACCAAUAGCCAUAGUCUUGCUGAGAGAGUAAGACGAGAAAAAAUCAGCGAAAGGAUGAAGUUUCUUCAAGACCUUGUGCCUGGUUGUAAUAAGGUUACUGGCAAGGCUGUCAUGCUCGAUGAGAUCAUUAACUAUGUACAGUCGUUGCAACGCCAGGUUGAGUUUUUGUCAAUGAAGCUUUCAGCUGUAAAUCCACGACUCGACCUCAAUCUUGAAAGUCUUCUUGCGAAAGAUAUUCUUCAAUCACGAGGUAGUCCAUCAUCUUCCAUGGGGUUUCCACAAGAUAUGAUUAUGGCUCAGCUUCAUCCGUCCCAACCAGGAUUAAUUCAAUCAGGAAUUCCUGGCAUGGGAAAUCCCUCAGAUGCACUCAGGAGAACCAUCAAUUCUCAAUUAAUGGCCAUGAAUGCAGGAUACAAAGAACCUAAUCCUCAGAUGCCCAAUCCGUGGGACGAUGAACUUAACAACGUCAUUCAAAUGAGCUUUGAUUCCAAUGAUCCGUUUAACGGUCAAGACUUGAAUGCUGCUUCUCUACCUCCUGGUCAUAUGAAAGUUGAGCUAUGACUAAAGCUGCUGUCCAAGUUUUACUAGUUGGUGUAUAGUCAAAAACAGGGUAGAUAUGAAAUUCUCCCUCAAGGUCUCUCAAGUAUAUUAACACAGCUACAUUUGUUUUUGUUUUCCAGUCUUAUAUAUACACACACUUCAUAUGGAUAAAGAAAAAGAACCAUCUAUGAAGUUGUACUGUAAGCACUUAUUUUGUUAUAGGGCGCUCUUUGUUAUAAUUGAUGUAUAAAGAUCUCUCCAAGCUUUACUGAGGAAAAAAGCAAAAGUUUCUGAAACUUGUUAUUGCUA